UCGUAAGUUGCAGCGAGCCGAACGUCAUAAUAUUACAAUGAGAAACGAGGCAUAUCGUGCGAAGUAAUAAUCACGUACUAAAGUUGCAACUCGACGAAAUGCUUUCUUAGCAAUGACACUGCCAACGAACCAUUUUAAGCGGCAUUAUAAAUUCCGUUGAGAUAUCUGUAAGAACCGACACGGAACACAAUAAUGAGUUCUUUUGUCGAAUUUAUUACAGAAUAUUCUUAACACUGACAGAAGAACGAAGAAAUAAUUCAUACAUUCUUCGUCGAAUAGAGUUUCUUAGCAUAAGAAAAUACAUCUAUGAAACCUUUAUGGCCUAAUGCAUUAUACACUGAAAGAAUACUUAUAGCCUUUUAAUAUUUUAUAUUAAAACAAAGAGAAAGAAAAUGAGCAGAAUAGAAAGCAACUCUGAUAAUGGAAGUGGUUGGCAUGAAUGUGCCAAAUGGUUAACAAGAUGUGGAGCUUUAAGGGCAGAUCAUAAAGCAAAUUGGCCACAGGCAACUGCAGUUGACUUAGCAUACACAUUAAGAGAUGGUGUAUUGCUAUGUAAUCUUCUAAAUACAGUAGAUCCUGGUUGUAUAGAUAUGAAGGAUGUCAAUCAAAAACCACAAAUGGCACAAUUUUUAUGUUUAAGAAACAUCAAAGUAUUUUUAUCAGCAUGUUCAACUACUUUUGGCUUAUCUGAUUCUGAUCUUUUUGAACCUUCCAUGCUGUUUGAUCUGUCAAAUUUUCAUCGUGUAUUAUGUACUCUAUCUGCUUUGUCCAAUUGUAUUCGUUUAAGACGCAAAGGUAUUCUUGGUUUCUCUGUAGGCCAUGGUAGAUCACAAAAAGAUAUUUAUAAGGAUUUACAAAGUGCUGGUGCAGGCCGUGAGGAUGAAGGUCGUCGCAGAAGAUUUAGAAGGCGUGAGGGCGAUGAAGCAGGUGGAGGAGGGGACAAUGAAGAAGAAGAAGAUGGAUAUGGAGCAUACUGCAGCCAUGCUCAAAGUGAAGAAAUCUACCAGGACCUUUGUAGUCUACACUUGCCACCUCCUCCAUCUGUUGCACAGGAUGGUGCAAUCUCUGGAGGUGAAAAAAGGGAUUAUGUAAUACAAGAACUCGUCGAAACGGAACGAAAUUAUUCAGAGGUCCUUAACAGUUUACUUAGACAUUUUGCCAGACCCCUUUCUUCGUUACUGCGACAUGAAGACUGUGCGCGCAUUUUUUUUGGCAUAAAGGAACUCGCAGAAAUUCAUGCCGGUUUUCAUAGUCAGCUUCGAAAAGCAAGGACUGGUGCUGCUUUAGCACAAGUUUUCCUCGAUUGGCGAGAAAAGUUCCUUAUUUACGGCGAUUAUUGUGCAAAUCUAACUCUUGCUCAGAAUACGUUGCAAGAAGCGUGUGCACGUAAUGAAUUAGUUAAUCAAGAAGUUAUUCGGUGUCAACAAGAGGCAAAUAACGGAAAAUUUAAAUUGCGCGACAUACUGUCUGUUCCAAUGCAAAGAGUAUUAAAGUACCACUUAUUACUAGAUAAACUAGUAGAAGAAACUCCAUGCGACUGGUUGGAAGAUAGACGACAGCUUGGAAAAGCUAGAGAAGUAAUGGUCGAUAUCGCACAAUAUAUCAACGAAGUGAAACGUGAUUCGGACACGUUAGACAUUAUAAGAGAUAUCCAAGCAUCGAUCAUUGAUUGGGACGUUCCAGAAGAUGCACAGUUGAAAGAUUUUGGACGACUACUUCGGGAUGGAGAGCUUAAGGUAAAAGCUCACGGUGAUCAACGAAUGAAAGCUCGUUACGCAUUUGUUUUCGAACAAGUAGUAUUAAUUUGUAAAGGUAGAGGAGAGCAGUAUUGCUAUCGCGAAACAUUACGCCUAGAUGAUUAUCGUGUAGAAGAUCCUACAUCAAGACGAACACUCGGUAGAGAAAUUCGAUGGACCUAUCAAUGGUUACUUGUCCAUAAACAAGAAUAUACAGCAUAUACUUUGUACGCAAGAACGGAAGAACAAAAGCAAAUGUGGAUCAAAGCAUUACAAGAUGCAAUGGAUAAUGUUAAUCCUGCUGCGUGUCGCAACACAAAUCAUAAGUUCAAACUUACAACAUUUGACACUCCACGUAGUUGUCAGCAAUGUCGUAAAUUUUUAAAAGGUCGAAUUUUUCAGGGAUAUCGAUGUGAAGUUUGUCGCCACGCUGUGCACAAACAGUGCAUUGCACAUUCGGGUCGGUGUACGCCGGCACCACCGCCACCACCACCUCCGCCCCCUUUACCAUGCGAACGUGCUCUCUCGGUAAAAUUGUGGUUUGUGGGGGAAAUGGGACGUGACACGGCAUCAAACAAAUUAGAACCUCGGGAAGAUGGUACAUAUAUGUUGCGAGUACGGCCUGCAGGGCAAUCACGUUUAAAACACGAAACCAAUUACGCUCUUAGUAUCAAGGCAGACGGAGCGGUAAAACACAUAAGAGUAUUUAAACGUGACGCAGAUGGCGCUGAUGUAUAUUAUCUCAGUGAAUCUCGAUUUUUUAAAAGUGUAGUUGAACUUGUUGAAUAUUAUGAACGGGCAUCGUUGUCGGAGAAUUUUGAAAAAUUAGAUCAACGCUUGUUAUGGCCGUAUAGACGUGUAUUAGCUAAAGCAUUGUUUGAUUUUCGUGGAGAAGAACGAAAUCAGUUAAGCCUACGACGAGGUUGUAGAGUUGUAGUAUUGAGCAAAGAAGGUGAUGCCAAAGGAUGGUGGAAAGGAAAAAUAGGAGAUCAAGUAGGAUUUUUUCCAAAGGAAUACGUUGAGGAAGAAUAACCGUAAAUUAUAUUAAACUUAGAUACUUCUUCGAUGUGAUAGCACGACGAUCAAGAAUAUUUUGCAUAUUAAUCACGGUGUCAUCGUGCAAUGAUCAUAUUUUACUA